UGCAUGGUUUGGUAAUGCUCACACAUCAGGUUAGCUAGUUCUUUGAUAUACGUAGCAGAGCGUGCCAGGUUCAGUUGUCCAAUCACGCAUGAGAAGCUCGAAUUUACUUGGCAACAUCGAAGGUGCACUGCACUGCAGAGUCUGACAAGCAGAGAAAAAAAAGAAGAAUAUAAGCGAGCAGCUCGUCAGGCUCUGCCCUUCCAUUUUGCUUGUGCACAGAAGCUUCCACUUCCACCAGCUGCUUGCUCAUGCAGAGCUAGCUUGGCUAGGAUCUCCUCUCCUCCAUUGCUAGAAGCAAGAGGAAGCAAGCAGAGCAGAGCAGCUCGCUCGCUCGCUCGCUGCCAUGAAGGGGAGCAGCGGGCGGCUGCAUGCCCUGCGGUUCGAGUCGCAGAGGUUCAGGCUGCUCACCAUCGUCGUCGGCUGCUUCCUCAUCUCCCUCACCUUCCUCCUCUCCUCCCGCCCCGACGCCACCGUCUUCUCCACCCUGGGCCCCAGAGCGUCGUUCGAAGACGCGCGCAGGCCGGCGAUCAAGACCCUGCUCCGAUCGUCGUCGUCGGCCGCCGCCACCCGGGAUUUCCAUGUCGACAUCCUGCCGCAGCAGCAGCGAGACGCCCGUGCUCAUCUUCAACACGGCAUCGAUCAAGCCUCUGAAAGGACGACAGAAUGGGUGAAGGACACGGUGAUAAUCCAGGAGAGCACCGACGGCGGCGAGAGGCCGGAGGAGGAGGAGGCGGCGGAGCGUGUCACGGCGGAUUCCGGUGACGAUGCUGCAUCUGCAGUCGCCGACGAGGACAACGCCGUGCAGACCACGGCCGCCGUGGAAACUGAAACGACGACGUCGACUUCUACUCGUCCCGACCAUCCAGUGGAGGAGAAGAAGCAACGGCUUCCGGUGAAGCUUCAGGACGGCGGUGAGCAUGCUCUGACGCCGGAGCUGAGGGAGACAACACAUUCCGUGGACCGUCAGCCGCUCUGCGACUUCUCCGACUUCCGCACCGACAUCUGCGACUUCGCCGGCGACGUCCGCAUGGCCGCCAACUCGUCGGAGUUCGUCCUCGUCGAGUCGGCGGCGGUUGGGCAGCCGGCGUCGCACAAGGUGCGGCCGUACCCGCGGAAGGGUGACGAGACGUGCAUGGGCCGCGUCACGGAGAUCACCGUGCGGUCGACGGCCGACGUGGCGAGCGCGCCGCCGUGCACACGGACGCACGACGUCCCCGCCGUGACGUUCUCGAUCGGCGGCUACACCGGCAACAUCUUCCACGACUUCUCCGACGUGAUCGUGCCGCUGUACAACACCGUGCAGCGGUACCGCGGCGGCGUGCAGCUGGUGAUGGCGAACGUGGCGUCGUGGUGGCUCAUCAAGUACGACACGCUCCUCCGCGAGCUGUCGCGCCACGCGCCGAUCGACCUCGCCAAGGCCGGCGCCGCCGGGGAGGUGCACUGCUUCCCGCACGCCGUCGUGAGCCUCCGCGCGCACCGGGAGCUCAUCAUCGAGCGGGAGCGCAGCCUGGACGGGCUGGCCACGCCGGACUUCACGCGGUUCCUCCGCGGCGCGCUCUCGCUGCCGCGCGACGCGCCGACGCGGCUCGGCGACGGCACCGGCCGGCGCCCCCGCCUCCUGAUCAUCUCACGGCGGCGCACCCGCCUGCUCCUGAACCUCGACGCCGUCGUCCGCGCGGCCGAGGAGGUCGGGUUCGAGGUGGUGGUGAACGAGUCGGACGUGGCGAACGACAUCGGGCAGGUCGGGAGGCUGAUCAACUCGUGCGACGUGCUGCUCGGCGUCCAUGGCGCCGGCCUGACCAACAUGAUGUUCCUGCCGCCCGGGGCGACGAUGGUGCAGGUGGUGCCAUGGGGCGGCCUGCAGUGGAUCGCUCGCAUGGACUACGGCGAGCCGGCGGAGGCCAUGGGGUUCAAGUACAUCCAGUACGAGAUCGCCGUCCCCGAGAGCUCGCUCAAGGACAAGUACCCCGCCGGCGACGAGAUCUUCACCAACCCGACGGGGCUCCACAAGAGAGGCUUCAUGUUCAUGAAGCAGACGCUCAUGGAUGGACAGGACAUCACCAUUGACAUCAGCCGAUUCAGGCCAGUGUUGCAGCAGGCACUCGACAACCUCGCCAACUAGAUCAUUAGUUCAUCUGCCUACGUACCUACGUACAUUUUGUUUCUAGUUCAUCACAUUCACAUUCUUUUACUUUUUUUUUCAUCUCUCUCUCUCUGCCUCACAGAGAUUAUAUUGAUGCACACUUGCAACUAUAUAUUACACUGUAAUUAAGAUAGAAAUUAAACGGCUUGUUACUGUAAUUAAAUGGAUCCAAGAAUCGAUGAGCAAUUGAGCAGCAUAUACAAAAUUGUGAGAGGAGACUGUUCAUGUGGUCGAGAAGAUGGUCUGCUACUGUACUGCUAAGUCCUUUGAUAUGGUCAAGUUGUGAAAGAAAUAGAGCUUACCAGGUAGUGGCUACAGCUUGAAAUAUCCAUGGAAAGAUAUGCAUGUACUGUAAUGAUCAUUUGUGCACGGCCACUAAUCACCGGUAGCUUCAUCUCUGAAUCCUAGCAAUGUGGCACAUGGUACAGGCUAGCCAUUGAUUGACUUGUGCAUCCAACUGCU